CUUCGCAGGGCGUACCGCCUCUUCCGAGACGCGGAUGCCGAUAGGAACGGCAAGGUUGACGCGCAUGAAUUUGCGCGUAUGUUCCGCCUCCCCGAGGACGUCUACCUGGAAAGGCUGGUGGAUAUCCUGGACUGCGACGGCAACCGGACGAUAGACUUUCGCGAGUUCAUAGUCGGGCUCGCGUCCUUCGUCCUCUCCGGGAGCUUCGGGCGCGUGCGCUUCGCGUUCAGGCUCUUCGACCUGGACAACGACGGGUGGUUCUCGAGAGACGAGCUCAUGACCGCCAUCCGUCUC